CCUAUUGAAAGGUACACACAAACAUGACAUUUCUGCAUUGCAGUUUUAUUUGAUUGAAAAUCGACCUUUUAUACAGUUUUUUCAAUGGAUAUUUAAUUAAUAACGGUAAAUAACACCUGAACAAUGAUGACUAGCUGUAGCAGUUCCGCAUCUGCAUUGAAGUCCCACAAAUCUGAGGGACACAGGAGUGAUAGUUGUGACACGGUCUGCACGUCAAAUUCUAGCUGUUACUUGCGAAAAAGGAAGCCCAUGAAUCCCCUAGUGUAUUCAGUCAGACCAAAUUAUACAAAGAGCUCUGGAAACCCGGUCCGCCAAAGGGUUUUGUCAGCCAAGCUAUUGAAACUAAGAUCGAUACAGAAUCAACUGAACGAUGCAAAUUAUCAUCUGUCAGAACUAUGUAAGGAGAACCAAACCCUCAAAAAUUUACAAAAACGCCAAGACAAAGCUUUAUCAAAAUAUGAAAGUACGAAUGCUGAUUUGCCACGGUUGAUACAUUCCCAUGAAGAACAAAUUCGCAUUUUGAGCGAGAGGAACAAAUCUCAAAGAAAGGCAAUGAAAGAACUAAACGAUCUUCUAAAAGUUAAAGAAGAGGAGUUGGCAAGAACUCUGGAAAAACUCGGCCAUCUUGAAAAGCUCAAUAGAGACAAGCGACUUUUGGACAGAGAAAAACUCGUUGACCAAUUGGAGGAUUUGAAAUUGCAGCUGAAAAAAUCGGACGAACAAAAUUCGAUAUUGAAUAGGAAGUUAGUGUUGGAGAGCAAAACUUCCAAACAGAGGCUGAACGCCGAAAUGAUGAAAUACAAGCAAUGUCAAAAAGAACUGGGGCAAGCUAUGUCAGAAAUUGACAGGCUGACAUCACUCUUGGAGGUACGAGAGAACGUGGUACAACCGAAGAAGAACCGCUUCACCCGCCUGUCCCAACGCCAGUCCGUCUCCAUGAUCACUCUGGGAGCGUUCCCCCACCGAGCGGCCAGCUCAGAAAAGCUGAGCACCAUCGAAGACCUCGAAAAUCGAGUGGAACACGUGGCCGGCAAAACGCCGGUGACCGACGUCAAGCUCGAGCCGAUCAAAGUAGGCAGGGAAGAUGGCGGCGUCAAGAAGGCCGAGAGUAUUUUGAGCGUACCGUCGGAGAGCGUGAAGAACAGAUUGUCCGGCGGAUCUGUGAGGACGAGGAGUGGGGGUAGCGGGGAUAGCAAUUUUUCUGAGGCGAGUUCAGAGACAUCUUUCAACAACCUAGAACACUCAUCGGGCAGCAGCGGCAUAGAAAAGAGCCGACCAAACUCCAGUUCGCCCCUGGACAAACUGGACGCCGCCAUUCAGAGAGCCACCGAAAACACCACCGAGGAAUUCGACAGGAAAUUGGGCGACUAUUGCUCCGACGUCCUGUCAAACGUCAGAAUAUCCUCGAAGCGGAUAGACGCUCACAAAGAGAGCCUCAAAAUGUCCAAGGACGAUACCGACACUCUCCUAGAAACAUUCAAGAAAACGCAGAAAAUGGAGGCGAAACUGAAGGACUCCUUGUUGACGUUUGACAAUGACAGCGGAGUGGACGUCAUCAACGAGAUACUGGCAGAGGAGAUGAAGUUUCAGAGCCAGAGCAAGGAUCGCAAUGGGAAUGUCACGAAGAAAGAGCCUAGAGUGGGUUCGAAUGACAGGAGGAAGCUGCUAGCCACGCUCAAGGCGAUUGAUAAUGGUGAUAGCGUGGAGAGUUUGAGCCAAAGUCCAAAGCACUCUGCGGGAUUGAUAUGAGAGGGUUCAGAUUGAUAGAUACGAUUUUGUUAUGAUAAUGAAGGAAAUAAAGUAUAUAUUUCUUUUU